GGCUCAAACUUGUCCUGAAGCAACGGGUAACGAAACCUUGUUCAGAGAUUCUCAGAGUAGAUUACUGAAGCCCUCCUACGUUGGCGCCUAUAUAAAUUUCCUGCUUUUCCUUCUCAAUCACAGCUCCUUGUUCCAAAUUAGAGCUGCAGAUCAGUACUUUCCAAUGGAGAGUUCUUUGAAGCCCAUGGACGCGGAGCAGUUGAGAGAGAAUGCUCAUAAGAUGGUAGAUUUCAUCGCGGAUUACUACAAGAAUUUGGAAGAUUUCCCCGUUCUGAGCCAGGUUAAGCCUGGGUAUCUUAGCGAGCUUCUUCCGGAUUCAGCCCCUCGACAGCCUGAAAGUUUGCAGGACAUUCUUGAUGAUGUGCAGCAAAAGAUAAUACCGGGUGUCACCCACUGGCAGAGCCCUAAUUAUUUUGCUUAUUAUCCUUCCAAUAGCAGCAUAGCUGGGUUUCUUGGCGAAAUGCUCAGUGCUGGCUUUAAUAUUGUGGGCUUCAGCUGGAUAACCUCACCUGCUGCAACAGAAUUAGAAGUUGUUGUCUUGGACUGGGUUGCUAAAAUGCUGAAGCUACCAAAUCAAUUCCUUUCAUCUGGGCUUGGCGGUGGAGUAAUUCAAGGUACAGCUAGUGAAGCAGUUCUUGUUGCUUUGUUGGCUGCUCGUGAUAAAAUACUGAGGAGAGUUGGAAAGGAAUAUCUAAAUAAGCUAAUUGUUUAUGCUUCUGAUCAAGCCCAUUCUGCGUUGCAGAAGGCAUGUCAGAUUGCAGGAAUUUAUUCAGAAAACUUUAGGCUUUUGAAGGCUGAACAAAGUUCAAGUUAUGAGCUUGUUCCUGAAGUACUCUCUGAAGCAAUUUCCAAUGAUAUUUCAUCAGGAUUGAUACCCUUCUUCCUCUGUGCUACAGUUGGGACAACAUCUUCUGCCGCAGUUGAUCCUUUAUGUGCUCUAGGCAAGAUAGCUAAGGCCAGUGACAUGUGGUUCCAUGUUGAUGCUGCAUAUGCUGGCAGUGCUUGUAUUUGCCCUGAGUUCCGUCACCAUAUUGAUGGUGUGGAAGAAGCAGAUUCAUUUGGAAUGAACGCACAUAAGUGGUUGCUAACAAAUUUUGAUUGCUCCUUGCUGUGGGUGAAGGACCGAAAUGCUCUUAUUCAAUCCCUAUCCACAAAUCCAGAAUUUCUCAAAAAUAAGGCAUCUCAAGAGAAUGCAGUUGUCGAUUUCAAAGAUUGGCAAAUUCCUUUAGGACGCCGUUUCAGAUCAUUAAAGCUAUGGAUGGUCUUGAGAAUGUAUGGCCAGGAAAAUCUGCAAAAUUAUAUCCGUAACCACAUAAACCUUGCCAAACAAUUUGAACAACUUGUCAAGUCUGAUUCUAGGUUUGAGGUCAUGGCACCUCGGACAUUCUCACUUGUUUGUUUCCGCCUUGUUCCACCUCCAAAUCAUCAAGACAAUGGCUAUAAGCUGAACUACAGCUUAAUGGAUGCUAUCAACACAAGUGGAAAGAUCUUCCUAUCCCACACUGUUCUGUCAGGAAAGUUUGUUUUGCGGCUCGCUGUAGGAGCUCCAUUGACAGAAGAAAAACAUGUUGAGGCAGCUUGGAAGGUUUUGCAGAACCACGCUACUGCCCUCUUGGGUAAUAUUUAAAGUACAUGAUGAAGAGUGAUGAGACACUAGCUGCAGCUUUGGCAUGGUUUCCAAGUUGGAGCAGCUGGUUUCUUCAGGCUCCUUCCAUUCAGAUACCAUUUUAUCCACAAAAGGCUUGGACAUGUAAUGUUAUUUCUGCUGCUUUGUAAUUUAAAAUCUUCUGUAUAUAUAUAUUAUAAAAUUUGAAAUAUCUAAUUUGGCUAAUUUAUUUUCAUGUAAUUGGACUAAAUUAUGUUGGCAUACAAUAAACAAUAUUUUGUUUGA